CGACCUGCCAGUGCCUCUGGUCCAGCUCGUGAAUGUUUGGAAUCUUCCUCCUCUUCCUCGUCGCCUUGUUGUUGUCUUAGGUUCCUGGCCAUCAUGGCCGCUUCAACUCCCCUAGAUCCUUUCCUUCGGGGAAGCACCAGCAAAAGCACGAGGGGUUUGCUACGCAUCAUCAUUCUAUGCACUAUUGCGGCCGCCGCAGUAUCCGCUCGUCUGUUCAGUGUCAUUCGCUUCGAAAGUAUAAUACACGAGUUUGAUCCGUGGUUCAAUUUCCGAGCAACAAAAUACCUUGUGAAGAAUGGCUUUUACAGCUUCUGGGAUUGGUUCGAUGACCGAACAUGGCACCCGUUGGGUAGAGUUACCGGCGGAACACUCUAUCCUGGUCUCAUGGUCACUUCCGGCGUCAUAUAUCACAUCUUGCGGCUAUUAUCCUUGCCCGUCGACAUUCGGAACAUCUGUGUCCUCCUGGCACCCGGCUUCUCCGGCCUGACCGCUCUAGCCAUGUAUCUGUUGACAAGUGAAAUGUCCUCUUCGCCAUCUGCGGGUCUGUUAGCUGCGGCUUUUAUGGGUAUCAGCCCCGGCUAUAUCUCAAGAUCUGUUGCGGGAAGCUAUGACAACGAGGCUAUUGCUAUCUUCCUGCUUGUCUUCACCUUCUUUCUUUGGAUCAAAGCAGUCAAGAACGGGUCCAUCAUGUGGGGAGCGCUGGCUGCUCUGUUCUACGGAUACAUGGUGUCGGCCUGGGGUGGUUAUGUCUUCAUCACCAACCUCAUCCCUCUCCAUGCCUUCACCCUCAUUCUUAUGGGUCGCUACAGCUCGAGACUUUACAUCAGUUACUCGACCUGGUAUGCGUUGGGAACGUUGGCGAGCAUGCAAAUCCCUUUUGUCGGCUUCCUCCCAGUCAGAAGCAGCGACCAUAUGGCAGCCCUUGGAGUCUUUGGAUUACUUCAAUUGGUUGGCUUCUUCAACUUCCUAAGGGACCAACUGCCAGGAAAGCAGUUCCAGACACUACUGAUCGCUCUGGGCGGAGCCAUCUUCGUCAUCAUGGUGGUUGGCCUAGUUGUUUUGACUGCUUCUGGCAUAAUUGCACCAUGGAGCGGGCGGUUUUACUCCCUGUGGGACACUGGUUACGCUAAGAUCCAUAUUCCCAUCAUCGCCUCUGUGUCGGAGCAUCAGCCAACCGCGUGGCCAGCAUUCUUCUUCGACCUGAACAUGCUCAUCUGGCUCUUCCCCGCCGGAGUUUACCUUUGCUUCCGGAAUUUGAAGGACGAGCACGUUUUUGUCGUUCUCUAUGCUGUUCUGGCAAGCUACUUUGCCGGUGUCAUGGUUCGGCUGAUGCUGACUCUUACACCGGUGGUGUGCUGCGCCGCGGCACUCGCUCUCUCAUACAUUCUCGACACCUAUCUCUACGCUCAGACACCAGUAGCCGACACGCCCGGCGACACCAAUGGCUCAGCCAAGGCAUCAAAGGUGACAGCAAACCCAUUUUUACGGUCUACCCGGAAUCCUGUUGUGGGAAUCUAUUCUCUGAUGUCGAAAUCACUCAUCACUUCCAUGAUCACCGGCUUUCUGCUUUUGUUUGUCGCCCAUUGUACCUGGGUCACGUCCAAUGCGUACUCCUCGCCGUCCGUCGUCUUGGCCUCACGUCUCCCUGAUGGGUCGCAGCACAUCAUCGACGACUACCGCGAAGCAUACUACUGGUUGAGACAAAAUACACCAUAUGAUGCGCGAAUCAUGUCGUGGUGGGAUUACGGCUAUCAAAUUGGGGGUAUGGCCGACCGCCCGACCCUUGUGGACAACAAUACCUGGAACAACACGCAUAUUGCUACGGUCGGCAAAGCAAUGAGCUCCAGAGAAGAAGUCAGCUAUCCCAUCCUCCGACAACACGACGUCGAUUAUGUCUUGGUGGUCUUUGGCGGUCUCCUGGGAUACAGUGGCGACGACAUCAAUAAAUUCCUGUGGAUGGUCAGAAUCGCCGAAGGCAUCUGGCCGGAGGAGGUGAGAGAACGAGACUUUUUCACCGCCCGCGGCGAAUACAGAGUCGAUGACCAAGCGACUCCGGCCAUGAAGAACUCAUUGAUGUACAAAAUGUCUUAUUACAACUACAACCAGCUCUUCCCCGCUGGUCAAGCUCAAGACCGUGUCCGAGGCUCUUCUCUCCCCGCCCAGGGCCCCGAACUCAGCACUCUCGAGGAAGCUUUCACCAGCGAAAACUGGAUCAUCCGAAUUUACAAGGUCAAAGACCUGGACAAUGUCGGUCGAGACCAUCAGAGUGCCGUGGCCUUUGACAAGGGCCACAAGAAGAAGAGAAAGGCCGGCGCCAAGAAGGGCCCCAGGGUUUUGAGAGAGGACUGAAUAAAGCGUGUGCUACAGUUUUAUCCUUUUAACUCUGUUUUUUUGUGCGCCUGGCCAAACCUCAUUUGUCCGCUCCGGUGGUCAGUGUCGGGGCAUUUGAGGAUAAGCCGGUCGCUCUAAUGUCAUCACUAUCUACAUACAUAGACUUUGAAAAGCCUGGAAUGGAAAGGGCAAAAAGCUUGAAAUGGGAAUCGUACAACUUGGACUCUGACAUGAAAUCCGGAGAGGUUUCUGACCUCGUACUGUACACGCCAUACUCUAGAAUAGACGGGUUGAAUUAACCCUGCGGCUCUAUGUCCAUCCAAUUUAUGCCCACGGCGGUGUUUUUCUACCUGCA